UCACACUAUCAUUUGCGAUGUCAGUUAAUGCCCGGGACGGCAAGCUUAACAACGAGAUCCACGGUUAAUCAAAGUUAUUCGUAGACACGGAAUUCAUUGUUUGGUUUUAGUUGUGUGACAAAGAUCCGAUACUAAGGAUGUAUUUAUUUUUCUCUGUGGUUGCUAUCCUUUACUUAUCAACGUUUAAUAUCGGAGAUGCACAAUAUCAAGCACCAUUCGAUUGCAAUACACCAAAUGGAGUUGCUGGAAGUUGUAUUAACAUACGUCAGUGUAUACCGUUGAUAAAAUUGUUGCAAGAGAGACCUCUUCCCCCAGAAAGUGAGAAUUAUUUAAGACAGUCCCAAUGCGGUUUUGAAGGCCAAAAUCCUCGCGUAUGUUGUCCCGCCGGAUCGAAUCGAAUUGAUUUAUCUCCUUCUCGGGGGAACAUACCAUCUACAGAUAGCCCAUUGGAAACUGGAAACAAGGCAGAAUUAAUUGACAAUUUACUCAAUAAUCCUUUGUUGCCAAGCGAAUGCGGUAAAGAUUUGAUAGUUCGAAUUAUUGGAGGAACGCCUACUGCCCUUGAAGAAUUUCCAUGGAUGGCUCUGUUGGAAUAUCAACAUCCAAGAGGACACAGCACUGCCUGCGGAGGAGUUCUUAUUAGCAAACGUUACGUGCUUACUGCAGCGCAUUGUUUGAAGGGAAAAGAUUUACCACCAACGUGGUCGUUAAAGAACGUACGAUUAGGCGAAUACGAUACUAGUUCCGAUAAAGAUUGCAUUACAUCCAAUGAUGUAGUUAUAUGCUCCGAUGACCCGAUCACGGUUGGGAUCGAAGAACAAAUUGUACAUGAACAAUACGAUCCAAGAUCGCGAGAUCAGAAAUAUGACAUCGCAAUGUUGAGAUUGUCAAGAGACAUUAUUUCGACUGAUUAUAUUAAGCCUAUUUGUUUGCCACGAUCAGAAGGGUUGGACGGUCAAUUGUACGUAGCUGGUUGGGGUACAACCGAGUUCAAUUCAUCGUCGAACAUAAAACUUAAAGUAUCGUUGCCAUUGGCAGAAAAAGAAGAUUGCGCUAGGACUUAUAAUCAAGUUAAUAUUAGACUUGGUUACGGACAAAUCUGUGCCGGUGGUACUAAAGGUAAAGAUUCAUGCAGAGGAGACUCUGGUGGACCACUCGUGAGCCGUUUAAAUACACUUAGUGGUGCUGAAUUAUGGACAACCGUAGGAGUCGUAUCUUUUGGUCCAACACCUUGCGGUUUGCAAGGUUGGCCUGGCGUUUAUACCAAAGUUUACGAUUAUGUUCCGUGGAUAGUCGGUAACAUAAAACCUUACAUUCAAAAUGAAGAUUAUAUUCGGUAUCUCCAUCAUUGCAAAUGCCAAUUAGUUCUCGGAUUUCCCACUGUUACGAAAUCUGUGGUCCAUCGACGUCAUUCGAUGUAUGACGAAACAAUAAUAGCUCAAAAUUUAAUAUCUCGCGAUUGCAAUACACCAAAUGGAACUAGUGGAAGUUGCAUAAGCAUACAACAAUGUUUGCCAUUCGUAGCAAUGCUCCAAGAGAAACCUAUUCGUUCCGAAAUUAUAGACUAUCUGAAACAAUCUAAUUGCGGAUUCGAAGGUCACGAUCCUCACGUGUGUUGUCCUACUGAAUCUGAUUUGAUCAAUCCAUUUUUUAUUCCGGUGAGCUUCCCACCUACAACAGUUAAAAAUAGCACAUUGGAGAAUAUGAAUAAUAACGACCCUAUCAUCAGUUUACUUGAUAAUCCUUUGUUACCAAGCGAAUGUGGGAGAGAUUCGAAACCUCGAGAUUUGGAAGUACGAGAUACCGCCCUUGACGAGUUUCCAUGGAUGGCACUAUUGGAAUAUGAUGAUGGAAGCAAAACAACAUUUGCCUGUCAAGGAGUUCUUAUUACCAAACGUUACGUGCUUACAGCAGCUCAUUGCUUAUUAAAUCAACGAAUUGGGAUAUUAUCAAACGUACGAUUAGGCGAGUACGAUCUCAGUUUUGCAAAGGAUUGCGUUAAACGUAAUAACUUAGUUACGUGUUCUGAUGAUCCGAUCACAGUUAAGAUCGAGAAACAAAUCCCACAUGAACUAUACGUACCAAGAUCCGAUAAUAAUGAAUAUGAUAUCGGAUUAUUGCGAUUAUCAAGAGACAUAGUUUCGACUAAUUACGUUAAGCCUAUUUGUUUACCUAAAUCUUCUAUAGUCAAUAAAAGAUUAUACAUAGCUGGUUGGGAUACAACUUCAACGAAUACAUCCUCGAAUGUUAAGCUUAAAGUUUCGUUACCCCUCGUUGACAAAGAUGAUUGCGAUAGAAUUUAUAAGAAUCAACAUUUUAAACAAAUUUGUGCCGGUGGUGAAACAGAUAGAGCUUUAUGUAGCGGUGAUGCCGGUGGACCACUCAUGGGUUUUCAAGAUUCAUUCAAUGGUAAUAGAAUAUGGACAGCAGAAGGAAUUGUGUCUUAUGGUACUGUACCUUGUGGUAUACCUGGUUGGCCUGGUAUUUAUACUAAAGUAUAUGAUUUUAUUCCAUGGAUAAUUAGUAAGAUAAGACUUUGAAAAGAAAUAUUUUUAUUAUUUAAUGAAAACUACAUCUUAAAAAAUAUUUGCGUGGUUCAAUA